CAAGGCAAAUAGUGCAUGAUUACAGAAAAGGAAUUGUAUCCCCUGGGCUAACAGAAAAGGAAUUGUGGAGACCAAAUAUGUCUAUGAUUCAGCUUUUCAUCCUGACACUGGUGAGAAGAUGAUUUGGAUAGGAAGAAUGUCAGCUCAGGUUCCUAUGAAUAUGACAAUCACAGGCUGGAUGAUGACUCUUUAUAGAACUACUCCCGCAGUACUCUUCUGGCAGUGGAUUAACCAGUCCUUCAAUGCUGCUGUGAAUUAUACAAACAGGAGUGGUGAUGCCCCUAUUACUGUUAGUCAAUUGGGAACUGCUUAUGUAUCUGCAACCACAGGUGCUGUAGUAACUGCACUGGGACUUCAUGCACUAACCAAGCAUGUUUCACCCUUUAUAGGACGUUUGGUUCCUUUUGCUGCUGUAGCUGCUGCUAAUUGCAUUAAUAUUCCAUUAAUGAGACAAAGGGAACGCCAAGUUGGUAUUCCUGUUACAGAUGAAAAUGGAAACCGAUUAGGUGAAUCAGUCAAUGCUGCCCAACAAGCAGUAGCACAAGUGGUUGUCUCAAGGAUUCUCAUGGCAGCACCUGGCAUGGCCAUUCCUCCAUUUAUAAUGAACACUUUGGAGAAGAAAGCAUUGUUAAAGAGAUUCCCCUGGAGGAGUGCCCCUAUUCAAGUUGGAUUAGUUGGUUUCUGUUUGGUGUUUGCUACGCCUCUGUGCUGUGCAUUGUUUCCCCAGAAAAGUUCCAUGUCUGUGACACGCUUGGAGCCAGAAUUGAAAGCCAAGAUGAAAGCGACCAGCCCUGAAUUAGAACGAGUGUACUUUAAUAAGGGAUUAUAAAUUGGAAGAAGACUUGAACACUUCAAGAAUUAUCAUGCAAACCCCAAUACAUUGUUCCAGUGUUGGAAAAAGAACUCUUUGAUUUAAGUUCUUAUAGUUAGUUAAUUACUCCAUAGUGUCCAAAUUUACCUUAUUGGCUAAAUCCGUUACUUAGAAUUAUGGCUCAAUUCACAGAACCGUGUUAUCAUUGUGAGAAAAUACAUCCUGCUACUUUCAGGGUUAUUGUUUUGGAAGAAAUUUUUAACAGCCCACAUCCAGCACAAAACUGGGCACAUAGUAGGCACUUAAGACAUAUUUGUUGAUCAAUUGAUUAAAAAUGUUUACAUUAAAUAUCAAGCAAUGGAAGGUGAUUGAAAAAAAUAGAUCCAGCUUGCCUCCCCCUCUAUAUAUAAAGUCAAAAGGAUCUCCAUGUAUAGAAGGGAUUCAGAGAAGGCCGAAGAUUAAGAGCACUGAAAUCACUCUUGACACAUACUCUGACACCACCUCUGUUAUGUGCAACA